CCGAAUUUUUCUUGUCAAUAAACUUCUUCGUUUUUCCUUUUGGCUGAAAACAUAAAGAAAUGAAAACAGAUAACACGAAAAAUAACCUACAGUCAAUAUCAACAACGAAAACUAUUGACGUUCGAUAAAGACGCAACAAACAUUCAAGAGAACAUAAAGAAUGGGACUAUUUGAUCGUUUAGCAAACCUUUUAGGUCUUAGGAAAAAAGAAGUAAAUGUUUUAGUAGUGGGCCUUAAUAACAGCGGUAAGUCGACGGUCAUAAAUAAUUUCAAACGCGAGGAUGACCGUUGCAUAGACAUAGUGCCCACUGUCGGGUAUAAUGUUGAAAAAUUUUCAUUCAAAAAUGUUAAUUUCACGGCAUUUGAUAUGUCGGGGCAUGAUCGCCAUAGAUCAUUAUGGGAACACUAUUAUAAGGACUGUCAUGGUAUUAUUUUUAUAAUUGAUAGCAGUGACAAAUUACGAUUAGUUGUUGUUAAGGAAGAAUUAGAUAUGCUUCUUCAACAUCCUGACGUAGCAGGUCGUAAAAUACCGAUUCUAUUUUUGGCAAAUAAAAUGGAUUUGCCUGACUCUUUGACUACUGUCAAACUCGUUGCUGGACUCGGUCUUGAUCGUAUACAAAAUAAACCUUGGCAUAUACGAGCAACAAAUGCAAUUACAGGAGAGGGUUUACAAUUAGGCAUUGAAUGGCUUACAGAUCAAAUUCGCGAUAUAUACAUUAAUAGAAGAUAAAGAUAGUUUUAUUAUGUCAUACAAGUUUUCACUUAUACAAUUUA